AUGGCCUUCAAGAACGGCCUAAACGAGCGCCUGGAAGAGCUCCGAUUCUCCUCCCCCCGCUCUCCUCCUUCCGCCACGGAUUCCCCAUUCGCUAGCUAUCCCUCGCCCUCAAAGGGCCAGAAGACAACCAGCUACCUAUCCGCAUUCCCACCACCUUCCUCCGAAGUGCGUGCAAAUCUCCAACGCCGAUUCACCACUGACGCCAGCAAGCUCUCGUCAUGGCCUGCAUUUAGCAAUUCCCAACCCUUGCCCCCACCGGAGUCUUUCGACCUGCUUUCUUCUGCUACACAAAUUCAUAAGUCUCAACUGUUCGAGAAGAAGAAAGCCCAUAUCGAGUACAUGAGGGAGCAGAGGAAGCGUUUUGAAGCAGACAUGAAGCUCUUAGAUCUCCAACAGGAGAAAGAACGGCAGGAACUCGAUCAGAUGGCUCGAGAUCUUGCUAACGCAAGCUUGAGUGGGCCCGUUAGCGAACCCACAACCCACCCUGAGUAUAGAGAGAACGGAUUCCCGUCUGUCUUCUCUCGUCCAACUCGAUUUUCGAUCUCGAGUGCCACCGCACCUGGCGUGUUUAAUCCAUUCAGCCCAUCCCAGGUUGUGUCUCCUGCAGCACAGCCUAAGUCGAUUUUGGCUACUACGUUAGGCCAGGCGUCCGCACCGCAGUCCAUGUUGGGAUCCCGCCGGAACUCUGAGGAAGAAUACUUUCCAGAAUCGUUCCCGUCAUAUCGCCAAGGUUGCUCUUUUGGUUCUUUCACCAAUUCUACCACGGCUACAACCAAUGGGUUCUCCCGGUCUAUUGGCCUCAACCCAUUCCAUCCAGCUAAGUUUGCUUUGGGGGACGACGACGAAGGUGAUAGGGGAGGCGCCAAGGACGAUGACCGUAUCCCAACUCCGGAUGUAAAGAGUUAUCUGAAACUGACUGACCCCGAUGAUAAAUUCCCAACAUUGGUUCGUCGUGACGAUAGUUCUGGUUUGCUUUCGGCAAAUCCAGCUGCAUUGGAUUUGGCCAAUUCUCGGACCCCAGGGCCAGAGACUUACAAUCACCGUCAUCAUGCGUCCCUACCUUACAAUUCAUUGAAAAUGUCUCAGUUUGACUAUAUUGGAAACAAUCGUUCAGAGGGCCAAGGCGAGCACAUUUCCGCUCCAUUCUCACCCGCGAGUGAAUCAAACGCUCGCCAGCCACAUAGACAUUCGCUUGAGCCCGGGUUCUCGGCUUGUACUAACACCCAGAGCCUUUAUUCGACCACCAAUGGAGUCCAGUCCCGCCCAACAUCGUUGCAGAUGUCGUACUCUACCAGCGAUAUCCCAGCCUCGAAUAACAAUGGAUAUAUGGCUGUAACCCCUCCAAAGUCUCAUGGAGAUCCUUACCACUCUCACAGUGCAAGUGUUGGUCGAGUUCCAGCUACUCCACACCAAGGAAAUGACACACCGGCCCCUUCAAUCUCCCCUGACCGUGAGGACCAGUCCGUAAAUGUCCAGCCGUUGCGGUCUGUCCUGCAAGCAAACGCUACACCUUUUGGCCCGCAAUUGGCUUCCCCAACCACAGGGAUGUCAAACGGCAACAACUCCAUUAAUCCAACGAUGGGAUCCUUCACAAAUUCGAUGUACGGGUACACCAUGCAGCCAUUCAUUACCAGCUCAAUUCCAACCAAUCCCCCAGUGCCAGCCUUCCAACAUAAUCCGCCCUACGGUCCAUACCCAGCAGCUUACACCCCUUACUCCCGCUUCCCGGAAAGCCCUGCGAGAACCAACCAGGGUCGUCGCAGUGGAGAUGGCGAAUCAGGCCAGUUUUCGCGGUUUGGCAAUGCGCCUCUGGAAACAUACCAAGGCGAGCUUUAUAGCAUGUGCAAGGAUCAGUACGGCUGCCGCUAUUUGCAGAAGAAGCUGGAGGAACAGAACCCAGCACACGUUCAGAUGAUUUUUUUGGAGACUCAUAUUCACGUUGUGGAGCUUAUGACUGAUCCAUUUGGAAAUUAUCUUUGCCAGAAGCUCCUUGAGUACUCGAAUGACGAACAGCGCACUGCUCUCAUUAACAACGCUGCUCCUCAGCUUGUCAAGAUUGCUUUGAACCAACAUGGAACUCGAGCUUUGCAGAAGAUGAUUGAGUUCAUCUCGACUCCUGAACAAACUCAAACUGUAAUAAAAGCCUUGCGUGGUCGAGUUGUCGAACUUGUCCAGGAUUUGAAUGGAAAUCAUGUCAUCCAGAAAUGCUUGAAUCGCCUUUCCGCAACCGAUGCUCAGUUUAUCUAUGAUGCAGUUGGUGCAAGUUGUGUGCCAGUUGGGACUCAUCGUCAUGGUUGCUGCGUGUUGCAGCGUUGCAUUGACCAUGCUUCUGGUGACCAGCGCGCUCGUUUGAUCGAACAAAUCACCAAAAACGCAUUCACCCUCGUUCAGGACCCUUUUGGAAAUUAUGUCGUUCAGUAUAUUUUGGAUCUUAACGAACGGCAUUUUAUCGAGCCCAUCUGCCGCAGCUUCCGCGGCAACAUCCCCGCUCUUUCCAAACAAAAGUUCAGCUCCAACGUCAUCGAAAAAUGCAUCAGAACUGCUGACAACCAGUGUCGCGCCGCCCUCAUCGAGGAGAUGUUAGUCCCUAGCGAACUCGAAAAGAUGCUCCGCGACUCUUUCGCAAACUACGUCGUCCAAACUGCUAUGGACUUCGCAGAUCCCGACAGCCGUAAUAAGCUGAUUGAUGCAAUCCGCCCAAUCCUACCAGCGAUCCGCCAGACCCCCCAUGGCCGCCGUAUCACCGGGAAAAUCAUGAGCGCAGAGAACCAGGGACGUGUCAAUGGAGGAAAUUCCUCGUCUAGCAGCGGACAGAUUACGCCGAACGAGAUGACUAUGCCUACAACUAUGACGAUGGCCAUGCCGAAUGUCUAUCAACAGAUGCACUCUUACCCUACUUCCCUUCAUCCUCAGUAUCCAUCAGCUUUUAGUGUUGCUGAGAACGGCAACAAUGAUAUGAUAAACAAGAACUCUUCCACCGCAGCACCCGGAAUCAAUGGGAACGGUCUUGCAAAUCAUAACGCAAUUACUCCCCCGACACGGAGUGGCAACAACAACAAUGAGGAGAUUGUACCAACCAUUUACAGCCCCAUCCCACAAGGUGUGGAUGGAAGUAACAGAUUCCCAUCUCAGGGAUUCCCCUUUUAUGGAUAA